CUUUGAUUCAGUGCUCUCUCAUGAAGAAGGCGCCAUAUUUAAACACACGGAACUAUUCUGGCACAGUUCUGGGAUUCCGAAGCCUCAGCUGGCUGACGACAAUCAUGCAAAACGCCGUCUAACCACUCUUUCUAACCUCCCAAACCCUUCUUUAAUUGCACGGAAAUGACCAACAUAUGCGAGGUCUGUUCUUCGGAACCCUCAAAAUACCGUUGCCCUGCGUGUGGGCUUAUGAGUUGUUCGCUCGCCUGCACGCAGACCCACAAGAUAUACUGCGCACCGAAAUCUCUCACGCCAUCUUCAUCGACAGACGCAUCCCAUGUGGUCAACGGUAGUAAUGGCCAAUCUCCUAAAAACGAUGUGAACGGACAUACACUUGGCGAAAAGGGAAAGGGGAGGCAAGAAGGCAUUCUCAAUCCGGAGACGCUAGCAACGUCCAAGGAGCUCCAAGAACUAUUCGGCCAGUAUCCUCAGCUUCGUUCUCAGCUCCGGGAUAUUUACAAAGUCACACUCGAAGAGGCGUGGGUCGAAACGCAAGUUCAAACUGGCGGACAUCGUCCUUUUGGUAGGGGAAGAGGAGGAUCGCGCCGGUCGAAUAGAGGGUCCUGGACACUCGAGAAAGGCUUCAGGCGCGGCUUGGGAAGGGUGCGAAAUUUGAGGGAACGGUGUGAGGAAGGUCUGGAGACUGGAAGGGACGCUGAGGGUUUCAUGCGGUUUAUGGGUCUAGUCAAUGGUGAAAGCCAGCACUAGCUGCUAUUGCACACGGUUCAGUUUGGGUUGCGAUGCAAAUCCGGAAGUGUCUGAAAAUAGACAGGAAAAAGGAUGUUAGAGUCUCAGUAUGAAGGGAGGCCUAUACUCAGGCCAUCAUUUGCCAGAUGAGGACUACUCUCCAUUGCGUGUCUUUCUUUGCAUUUGAUCUCAUACACGAUAGUGUACAUCAGAUAGAUGGAUCAGCAAUGACAAUUCCUACGUGAAAGGUCGAGUUGGCAGGUUGCAAUACAACCUACCUUAUUCAAAUGAGUACAAUUAAUUUGAAUGCUGA